AAUUUUACAUAAUUUGGCCAUAAAUCAAUAAGUCAUUCUUUCCAGGAUGCUGCAAAUGACUGUCAUUCAUCAAUGGAUGCAAAAAUCAGACUCGCAUCCCGUCAAGAAGCUAUUUUGGAGAGGCUGCAAGGUCUGCAGCAACAGCUUGACCAAUUGAAAUCUCAACAACUUUGUAGUAGUGAUGAUGUAACAAAAGGCAAGAUUGCUACAACUUCUCUCACUGGCAUUCCACAGUUUAAGCGACUAGUUGCUGAACAGGCUUCAGUUCUGGAGGGAUUAUCAGAAAUGAAGAAGAGUUUGGCUGCUCUGCUUGAGUUGCCUCCACAACUGGAGCUGGCACAUUGUCCCACAACUAACAUCAAGGCAGACACUUUGGAAAAUGCUCAAAAAAACCUGGAGUCAGUACAAGAAGUGGUUGUCAAGCAGCUUCAUAGUCUCCGAGAUCGUGUUGGUGCUCUCAAGGAAUCUGUGGUAGUGCAGUCUUGUAUUUUUGAAAACGUUGAUGGAAAACCUUUGCUCGUGGACCUCAAUGCUGAAGAUGAAGAAGUUGUUAAAUCUGGUGGCAAUGACUAUGCAGUUAUAGCACAAAAUCAAGCUCAACUAUUGGGCAUCAUGAGAAAACUGAGAGAGCAAGUCCUUCAGCUGCCACUCUUCAUCCCACAUGUCACUGGAAGUAUGAGCAAUGAUGCUGUUAGUGUUGGUGUGCUGGAGCAGCACCAAGCAGUGUUGCAAAAGUUGCUGCUUUUACAACACAGGCUCGCCAAGGUUAUUCUCAGGCAGCCAGGAUGUCCAACUUGGCAUCCUGAUGAGGAGGCCUCAAGUGUGUGUCACGACAUGGUAGUUCGCGCGUCACCUCAGAGUCCCCCCUACAGCGUCAUCGUGCUGGCCGGUGCACUGCGAGCCGCGGGAUACACUGUCCUCACCACCUCUCUUCUGCACUCAUCCCUGGACAUGGGUUCAGUGCCGGACGGCCUGCGGAGCGCCUUCAGCAGCUGCAGCGUGAGCGGCGGCAGUCGCUCUGAUCAUCAGAUCGUCGUCACGCUCGUGUGGAGUGCUGUGACUGCGCCGUCCCUCAUGGUAAGCCCUCUGCACCAGUGCCCUAUCAUCGGCGAAGCCAACAUCAUCCGUUACUUGUGUCGUCUGCUGCCGGCCUCCUCGCCGUACCACUAUGAAGCAUCAGCAAGUUUUGCUCACAUCGCCCGCACGGACCUAGUCCUCGAUUCUUGCUGCACAGCUGCUCAGGCUGACAAGAAAGCUGUCGCAAAAUUCUUGAAUACCGUGGAGAACAAUUUGAAGUCUUCAAGCCAUGGAUCGUCGGUGUACGGCGAGUGCGGCGACGUCGCGGUGUGGAGUACCUUGAAGCAGCUGCUCGCUCAGGGCGUCACGCUCACGCCUCUCGUGACCAAGUGGUUCAACCUACGCGACACGAUCUUCUCCCCCAAUUCCUCUCCCACCGCGUCCAAUACUCGGUCCGAGUUCACCAUUAAAAACGUUUCAACGACGGAUGAUGAAGAAAAUCGGUACAAUGAAUUGAAUGUAAAUCAAAAACCUGGUGAAAUCUCCGCACCUGUUCAGUCCAAGACUAAGAUGAGCUCAACUCCUCAAUGCUCAUCGAAGAAUAGUAAGAAUGAGUUGAAGGCGCUCGAGCAACGAAACGGAUCUAUCCCACCUAAUUCAGAGUCAAAGACGCUUUUGGAUCGCCAUGGAUUGGAAAACAUUUUGAAUUCCCUUGGAAUUGCGUAUGAGACACGGGAACACCCGCCUGUCAUGACCGCCCUGGAGUUAGUCAAUCAUGUUGGUGACUGGCCAGGCCUGCACAUGAAGAACCUCUUCCUCAGAGACAAGAAGAAACGUCAGCUCUAUCUUGUUGCCACGAGACACAAUGCUAAGGUGCAGCUCAAUAGCCUGGGGAAGGCACUGCAGUGCAAAGAUCUUCGGUUUGCGGACGCCGAUGCACUCUACGAAAACCUGGGCGUUCAGCCAGGUUCCGUCUCUGUUUUCGGUCUCGUCCACGACGACCAACAUCGUGUCGCGCUUGUUUUAGACGACGCGGUUAAUGUCGACACUCAGCAACGGGUUGACUUCCAUCCUCUGGUCAAUACCGCCUCUAUAUCAGUCACAUGUUCAGAUCUAAUGAAAUUCCUGCGCUACACUGGCCAUGUACCCCAAUUCAUCAAAUUUGAUGUUGAAGAAAUAUAACUUGAUGGGUGGGUGCACUUCUGAUGCCGUGAAAUGGAAUUCAUAGUAUUUUUACUUUUUCAAAUGGAUUUUGCUGAGGCCUAUUUCCACGUUAUAUUCUAUUUAAUGCAGAACGAAAUUAUAGAUAUGAGCACAGGGAAGUGGUUAUAAAGAAAGGGGUAAAAAUAUUGAUAGCGCCAUGGUUUCAUUUCCUAUUCGUUGUGUGGGUUCAGUUUUUUAACACAAACAUCUGUAUUUCAUUUGUCUAAUUAUCGAUUGUUUUCAGAGUGACAAGUUUUUCUUCAUUGUUAUUAGCGAGACACGACUUGGAAUAAUCUGUUGCGGUAAGAGUGUCUUUGCUAAAUGUUUGCUACUUAGUUUUAGGUCACAUAACUUCGAAUGUCACUAAAGUUUACUGCAAGUGAGUCAUGCUUAUUUACGGGGCCGCCCACGAUCUGCAUCUCGGCUGGCUUCAGCAUCUGUUAUUACAUCAGAUUGAUCGUUAUUUCGAUCCCAACUUCACUAAUGUAAACUCGCUUGACCUAGGAAGUUAUUUUACUUGUGUGGUCAUUUUUUUCCCCGGCUAACUAUUUUUUGAACCAUGAAGCUCUCUUCAUUGAAGCUGUUUCGCUAGUCGAAAGUGACAGCACUUUAUUAUUUUUUUUGUUGGCCUCUUUUACUUAAUCCAUAUUUUAUUCAUAGUUUUCAUUCACCUCCAAGAUAUGUUCCUUUUGAAUUUUCAGCGUAAACAUAAUGGAUGGAUUUCCCCUUUUUGUUGAAUUUACCUUCAAUUUUCUACCGUGAAGAGUGGCGCCUUUGGCAGACUAUAAUAAAGCGUUUGCUGCAGC